CUCAACACCAGCAGGUGACGCUGCUAUCAACAGCUUCAAUAUCGGGAUACUAUACCUCCGUUGCCGUCUUCAACGAGCAACCGCAAUGGCCACCAACGAUGGGUCCCCACAGACAGGGGAGCCCUCGGCACCGCCCAAGACCUUCUCCCUUCCUCCCGUCUUCGAACCCGGCGUUCAAUUCAACCCCAAUCUCAUCUACCGCCCCGACCCGAUCACACUGCUCACCUUCCUGGGGACAGAACGAUGGCACCGGAGAGUGAUCGGAACGACCGCUCGCAUUGCCGAAGUUAGCAGUAUAGAUAUUAACCGGUCUCUCACACAGUCCGAGCUCGAUUUCUACCUCGAAAACACCAGCAAAACCCUCUACCAAGCCCGCACCGGCGGCCCUCUGGGUUUUCUUGCCGGAGGCAUCAAUGCCGCUAUGAUUUUACAACGAGACAAGACGAUAGAGCGGUAUGCGUCGGCAGACCCGGGACUGUCCUUGGGAAAGCGGUAUCUCGAGGGCAUAAAGAACAUGUACAAGCUAGACCCUACUGCCUUCCGGGUGGUGACAGCGGCCGUACUGUCUCGACUAGGACUUUGGACUUGCGGAUUGUGGAUUGUUUCAAAUGCGUAUGCGCUUUCAAGUGGCGUCGGCCGGAUAGCGACGGACCCGCGGGUGAAGGAGAUUUUUGAAGACCGACAGAGCCAGGACCCGAAGGUGGUACGGGAGCGGCAUCGCAACGCACACUUGGUGAAGACUCAAUUGAGUCGUCAGCGGGCACGGGGCGAAGUCCCUACUGCCCAGGAGGGGAGUGCCGAGGGGGAGUGGCAUGAUGGCCCAACAGAUAUACCCUCCCCGCGGACAUCGAGCCCGGGAAUCAACGACUAUCACCCGCCGCCUGUUCAAAAUCAGAGCAAGGGAGGAGAUUUCUUCGAUGACGACGCCAGUCCUAUCGCUCCAGACUACCGAGAUGCUGCUCCACAGGGAAGCGCUUGGGAUCGCAUCCGACGACAGAACCAGGUUCAAUAUUCCACUACGCCACAGCCAGAGACUUCAAGGAUACGCCGGACUCCUUAUGAAGAGAGCCAACCACCGUCAGACUACCAGGAUAGUCAAUCACAAGGGAGCACAUGGGAUCGUCUCCGUUCUCAAGGGCCCCAGUCACAGCCCAGCGGUUCUCGCUCGCAGGCUGGUGUAUCCGACUGGAACACCGACAGCAGACAGGAUAAAGAGCGCGCUCAGGCCGAUUUUGAUCGGAUGCUCGACGUUGAGCGGAACAGGGGAAGCGACUCGGACCCUGGCACUAAGCGCACGGGGUGGUGGAGCUAGAUGUUUGACUACCAGCUUCGUUGGCAGAUUGCAGAUUUGGGCACGGUCAAGGGUGACUUAGUUACUGGACAUACUGUAUUUCUAUUCAAGCAACAAACUGAUUUGUGCUGUAUCUCCUGAAUACCGCUGCACCUAUGGUAUGUAUUACUUUACGUCAAUUAACCCAGCUCUAUACGUAGUCUCGUUGUGAGAGGCUCCUUUUACGGACUUGUUACGCAUUCCUCUAGUUGGUUGGCACGUAGUGUAUUUUAUGUUGUAAAACCUGUGAGGAGUUAUAAACCAUUAUUGAAAUAACUAAUAAAUGACAAGGGGAGGAUGAAGAUUUAAUAGCAA